CGUAGCUUCCGCCUCUUCUCAGCGAUCUGACGUCCACACCGCCGUUGUUGUAGCCAUUUUACUGUCGCCCGUCUACACAGCUGCGAUUGGGGAGUGUCGAGACAGCGCUGGUGAAAGGUUUAGAGAAAUGUCUGACACGCCACAAGGUUCCCUGGUCAGCCGCCCACUGGCCUUCACAAAUGAAGAGCGCAGAGCUGUUCACUCCUGGUCCCGGAUUUCAUCAGCAGGCCUCAGCGUCCUCUUGGACACUCAGAAGGUUCUUAGCCCAAUGUCCCGAGAUCUCUCAAGCACGGAGGAGCUUGUGACAUUUCUACAGGAGCUAUGCGAGGAAGGCCACAGGCCCAUUGUGCUGCGAAGUAAGGAAGUUUAUGGAUACCGCUCCUACACAAGCCAGCCCCUGACUGAAGACAUGCUAAAGCUAGCCAGUAAGAAUGUCAACAGGCCCGCAGCCAAGAAAAGGAAGAGAAAGCCCAUGGUCAAAAAGCGGGAGGUUCACCCAUCUUGGAUCUCAUCUGAUAGGAACAACCCUAGGAUUCAAGGGAUCCGACCUGCAGAAGUAUUUGUGGACCAUCACACAGUUGUCGGUAGCAGGACAGCCAGUCAAAUGGUGGAGAUGUCGCUGGUGGACUUGCAGCCGUGCCUCAGACUGACAAACAUAGAAGGUUUGUCUGGUUUUCCCACCGCCAGACUUCAAAUCCACACAAUCAGAGACCCGUCCUCCGAGAUGCAAACUGUUACCUUUCCAUCACAGCAGCACUGUCCAACUCUUUCAGGAAUACCCUCUCAGCCUUCCCAGAACGGAGGUGGGGCCUCCACCAAAGCUGUGGCCUUGUUUAGUCAUAAAAGCCUGUCCUGUCCUAUUCGUUUGGAUGGUGCCCUAAUUGGAGAUUCUGCUCCAGUUUUUAAUCCCAACGGUCGGGUGUUCCCGCAAACUCACACAGAGCUGACCAGCAAUGGUUGGAGGGGAAACGGCGUUCACAGAGAUGUUCAGGGCUCUAAGGAUCUAGGGAAUCCUGCUGGAAGGAGAAAUAGCUGGAAGGACAAAAAACAUUUUAUUCGAAGAGUAAUAAAAGUGGAUGACUCUCGCUCCGUGGCUGAGGCCCGUCAAAAAGCCCAGAAGAUAUUGCAGGUCAACCUUUCUCCUGUGAUACAGAUCCAACCUCUUAACCGUGCGCUAAGAGACUUCAGACUCCAGAGAAAGUGAUUAUACCCCCCCUGAUUCUUUUCACCUCCAGAACCCCUUCUACAGAUGUUAUUAUUUGACUUUCAUUAGCCCCAUCCGCCAGGUUUCUUGUGUUUGUAGCAGAUCCAUGACAUUGAUUUUUGUGAUUGCUGCUGGAUGUUUGGAGAUGUUUGCAAAAGCUUCUGGUAAUGUUAGGCAUUUGAAGUACGGUGGUAGUCUUCCCAGCAGGCUGGGAAUUGACUGAGACAAAUGCUGGUACAUUUAAACUGUCAGCCUUAGUUCAUUCUGUGCAAAACUUCAGCUGAACAUGAAUCAGCCUUCAGAACCAGACCCAUCAUUCUCUGUUGGUUGGAAGAAAGAAUUUCUGUCCUUUUAAGAAAGGUUUGGCUAUGGGCUCAGAGUAAUAAGUGAAAACAAAUAAAAGCCAGAUUUUUAAAAUUGAAUAGUUUUUUUCUUUAACAGUUGUUGUGUCUCAUAACGACACUAUUGUAGUACGGCACCACACUUAACACCUGAAAAAAGACCAAAUUGUACUUCAGUUCCUAGUGAUUUUAGAAGGGGAAACUUUGUUUUCCUGGUCUUCCUUUUUGUCAUUACCACCUGGGAGGCUCAGUCCAGAAACACACAUGGGGCUCACUGUAGGCAAAAAACCUGCAACAUUAUAACUUGGAAAUAAAACCCUUAUAAUAGCAAAUUUGUCAUUUUUGCAAUAUUUAAUAUCUUUCUGGCACAGCAAUUAUUGGAAAAGCUAUUCUGAAGUUGUAUCCAAGCCUUGUUUAAAUGAAAAAAAUCUGAAUUGAAUCUGUUUUGUAGGAUUUCAAAUAUUCUGAUUGUCAUAAAAAAAAUUAGGCGAGUACUUGGCCUCUGUUCAUGUUCUGAAGUUGAAGUUGCUUCGCAUCAGGUUUUUUUCUGAUCAAAGAGAUACACAGCACAGCUGUUAUUACAGUCUGUUGGCAGGAUUGAUGUUUUAAGAUGUUUCUGUUCAAUCUGUGGCUGCUAAUCUGUUUCUUGAGCCGUUUCAUUAGAAACUAUAGAACUAGUGUAUGGUUCACGUCCCAGCAUUACCUUGUGCUUUGUUGAACUGAACUGUCCAACACUAAAGAAAAACAGACCUGUAGUUUUUGAAGCUCCUCAAAUGUGGUUUUACUGUUACAGCCCACUUGAAAAUCGAACGAAAUGCACUUUGUAAUUCAGUGUUGAUAAAUUCUGCAAAAACGACACACUGAGAUUUGGUGGGUCUACAAACGGCUAAUGGCUUCCUUUUGGGAGAGGUGUAUUAGCACUACAGGUGCUAACAUUUUCAUGCUGGUGCUGGCACAGAUCGUGUCUUCUGCUGUCUCUUUCACUUGUUCAGACUGAUGCAUUUCAGAGAAGUCCACUCCCUGUUGGGUAUUGAUGCCAUUUAGCACACCAAACCGCCUUGUGUGCUUUUCGAAGUGUUAAUACUGUGAGAAACCACCCAGAUCCUUCAGUUCAUCAUCUUUGGUAAAAACUGUGUAUUUUGUGUUACAAAGUGACAUUCCACAACAUUUUUCAUUUUAGUUUUCAGAGCUAAUAUUUGGAAACAAAUCUGUAUGUAUUGUAAUGUAUUAGCCUUUAUUUAAACUUUUAUUUAAAGUCUCAAUCUUUAAUAAAUGACAUCAAACUCUAAAAAGAACUAGCAAUGUACCUAAAUUAGAUCUGUUUUAGAAAUACUACAAAAAACUAUGAUAAAUGGAGGUAUUUUUGACGAGGAACCUGUUGCCUUUCUCAAGCAAAGACCAAGUUGGCAUUUGGCGACCACAUCCAUGUAUUUCACAUCUUUGUCCCUUUCUCUCUAUUAUUUUCAUUUAUGCAGCCACUCCUGUCAUUUUUUCCUUCCAUUUUUUUCUGUUAGACUUUUUGUAAUAUAAUGUAUUUCCUACGCGAUCUUUGUAAAUGUUUUUGUUCAAUAAAAACAAAAAGACUCUUAAAUUUC